UCAUCGCAUAGGCGAUGGUGAGGAAGGAGCUCGCUGAUUUUGAUGCAGAGCGAGAAAGAGCUCCGAGGACAAGAGAGAGACUGUGUGUUUAGUGAGAGAAAGGGCAGUCAAGAGUAGAGAGAGAAAGUUAUAUUGAGUUAUAGAGAGAGAAAGAGCAGUGAAGUGUAAAGAUUAUAGAGAGAGAUACAAAGGGAGUGUUAGAGAGAGAAAGAGUGCUCCACAAGCCUCAGCAAAGAUCCUAUUUUACUACAUUUGGGCAUCUCUAGCACAGAGUGUGUGGCCUUUCAUUUUUCCUUUCUGAUUCCUGUGACUGCAGUCUCUGGUUUCAGUGCUCUCUCAGGAAAGCUUUGAUCUUUCGGCCAAAAUAAUGGUGGAAAAGGGGACCAAACCAUUCAUGAGAGACCAAACCAGCUCCUCUGUUUCAUCUGAUGGGUCAGUAGUACAUAGAACAAAGAGCAACUCAUUUUUCACUCUUCCAGGCCUCUUUGUAGGUUUGAACACAAAGCUUCCAUCAGACAUUGAUUCAAUAAGAAGCCCCACUUCUCCUUUAGAGCCCAGAACAUUCUCUGGGAACCCAUUUUGGUCCCCAAGAUCAGGCCCUGAUGGCCAUGGCCUUCAAAGCCAUGCCAAGAUUUGGGGUGACUCCAAAGGGGUUGGUCUUGGAAUUGUUGAUUCUCUCUCUCUAGAAAAAGAUCCAAUUAAGGGGGUCUCAGACUCUAAAAAUAUACUUCUUGGUUCACAGUUAAGGACUGCUAUACCUAUUUCUUCUAGUCAGGAUCAUAAACAGAGUAAAAACACUUCUCUUGGUUCUCAAAGUCCUAAAUCAUUGCCUAACUAUGUUAUCUCACCUCACAAAAAGAUCAUGUCAAAUUAUUUCAAUUUGAGGUCUUCUCAAUUAUUGCAAGAUUCAGGCUCUGAUCAAUGCCUUGAACGUGGAGAACCAAGAUCUGGUUUUCUGGAUUCAGGCAAACCUUUGCCACAAUCCGGCAUGUGUCACUCUGGUUCAGAGGUGAAUCUCAGCAAUCCUCAGCUGGAUUCUUCAUUUCGUGAAUUGGGCUCUCCUAAAUUAGGCAUGGGAACCAAGAUAAGCUUCGAUUGUUGUAAUGGGUUUCUCUCUCCUAGCGAUUUCGAGCUCUCUGAGGAUUACACACGUGUGAUUUCUCAUGGUCCAAACCCUAAAACAAAGCACAUUUUUGGUGAUCGUGUUUUUGAGUGUGACACAGUGGAGUUGCCUGAUGGCAAGCCUGAGAUUUGGGAGGCAAAGCUCUCCACAAUCUCUUCAAGCUAUCCAUCCAAUGAGAUUUUGAGCUUUUGUUAUGCUUGCAAGAAGAAACUUGGAAAUGGCAAAGACAUCUACAUUUACAGAGGUGAGAAAGCAUUUUGUAGCUGCCAAUGUCGUAAUGAACAGAUUAUGGUGGACGAGAGAAUGGAAAAAGAACCAAUAGCCCAUUCUUCUCCUCCUUCAAAACCAACUAGCAAGGCUUAGAACUUCUCAACUGGAAUAGUCGCCACAUAAAAAGAGGCCCAUCUUCAUGCCCAUACCACUCCAGAAAGGGAUGAGAUUUGCCGAGGUAAACAGUUUGGUCAUCUGUCCUUCAAGUGCUGUAUAUAUAAAUCCUUUGCAGCCACAGAUGACUUUUUUUUUGUAAAUUUUUCUGUUUACGUGAUGUACUCUGGAAAUCUGGGGAUGACAAUGGGGCAAUCUUGGAGAGACUUUUUUUGAUAAUAUUAGUGUUUACUUUUUCGAUAAUUUGAGUCUUCUCUGUUAUAAUUUUGAUCAGUAAGAGCACUGGCUAUUGUGCGUUUUUUCUCAAUGUUUUUGGCUUGAGAUUAUGUAUGGCCCGAUAAAUAUAUUCAUAAUUGGACAAUGCUGGCCUCACAGAUUUGAUCCA